AUGGACCAAACACACGCCCGGGCCCUAGAGGCUCUACAGCCCUUCGUCGCCCUAGCUAUCUCCAACAGCGCAACAUCACCUCGCUUCGUGGCCAACAUCGUCACAAAUGCCACCUCGGCGCCCCAAACAUACGUCUUCGCCGAGCUGCUGGAGACACCGACCAUCCAGUCUCUUGCUUCCCCCGAUUGCCCCGCUGAGUAUCAAAGGUACCUAAAGCUGCUCGAGAUCUUUGCAUGGGGUACAUGGCAGGAAUACCAAGGUAUGAAAGAGUCACACAGCUCCAAGUCACCACUUUACCAAAUCACCUACACUCCAUGUGGAAUAAUAUCACUAACACGAUCACCAACACCUCCAGCAACCCCCAAUCUCCCCAAACUAAGCGCCGAACAAACCCUCAAACUCCGCCUGCUCUCCCUUCUCACUUUAGCAACAACCACCAAACCCCUCACCUACCAAACUCUCAUGCAAUCCCUCUCCCUGCCCUCAACAGCCGACCUCGAAAGCCUCGUCACAACCGCCAUCUACGCAAACCUCAUCUCCGCCCGCCUCUCCCCAGCAUCCACCCCACCCACCAUCAACGUCACCUCCGUCGCACCCCUGCGCGACUCCCGCUGCGGCGAGGUCGUCAAGGAUCUCGAAACCGAGAUCGCGCGGGUCAAGGCCAAUGCCCAGAAACGCCAUGACAGGGAGCAGGUGUAUCGGGAGCGUUUGGAAGAAGCGGUGCAGCGGCGCCAGGCUGAGACUAUGCGCGAGGGUGGGAAUGGAGGAGGGGAUGGGCGAGCUGCUGAUGAUUUUGACGAGGAUGAUGGUUUUCAGUCAGGUGAUAAUGGGGAGGCUGCGUCCCGCAUGGAUAUUGACGAAGGUGCUGGUGUAGGUCGGGGAGGGAGCAGGCAGACUAAGCGAGUCGUCGGACGGAAGACCUAG